AAAUAUUUUGAAAGACAUAAUAAAUGCAACUCAUGCAAUUUGUCAUUAGUAAAUCGCCAAUUACAUAUGAAACUAAGCAAACGUGAUACUUAUAGCUGCUUUUUUCAGUCGCUAAUAAAUGUUUAGUUCGUAUGCAUCAGGUUUUUGGAUUCGUACUGUUUUCCGGGUCGAUAUAGGGGUUGACGCAUGCGUCGAGGAAGAUGUUUCUCCAGUAUUUACGAUAGCAGCGACGCUCGCAGAAACCCCAAAGUGUAAGGGUAAAGAGUUUACGUACGAACAGUGGAAUCGGAGAGGACAAUGUUCGAGCUUUAUGGUGUCAGCAAAGAUGGUAUGGUUUACAAUUCACCGUCUCCAAGACAAAAAGAAGUUGAUAUCCUGGAGACCUGUCUGCAACUCUCUUCGCCGGAACUUAUAGGAAAACUGCCUAACGGUGAUGCACUUCACCAUAUCAAGGACACGGGGGUUUCAACUUCCUUCAACAAAGCUAAAGAACCGUUGAGAGAGAGUAGACAAAGCGUUGUAAGAAGAUGGGCGGUGAUGAUUGGAAUCUUCUUCCUCGGCUGUGCCUUAGUGGCUGGAGUAGGUCUGCCCCUCGCCCUCGAGCUCCGAAGUUCUCACUUGUUGGAGGCCAGAUUGCAGGUGGUCCGAAGGAUGCUGUCGGAGGUUCCUCUGAUUGACGGGAACAACGACUUCGCCUGGAAUCUGCGCAAGCACCGCGGCAGCAAACUGGGUAACUUCCCCUUCGAUGAAAAUCUGUCGCGCAACGCUAGCUGGGGUCCACAAUGGCAGACCGAUCUGAUUCGCUUGGAGCAAGGAAUCGUUGGUGCGCAAUUCUGGUCGGCCUACGUGCCGUGCGAGGCGCAGUUCCUGGACGCCGUGCAGCUCACUCUCGAGCAGAUCGACAUCGUGCGCAGGCUCACCUCGCGUUACCCCAAACGAAUCCGGUUGGUGACAACAAGCAGCGAACUGGAAAAAGCUCAUCGUGACGGAGUAAUCGCCAGUCUGGUGGGUAUCGAGGGUGGCCACAGCAUCGGCACCUCAAUGGCGGUGCUGAGAAGCUUCCAUCGGCUGGGCGCGCGCUACAUGACCCUGACCCACAAGUGCAACACUCCGUGGGCUGAUUCGUGCUCCGUCGACGAUCCGAAUUCGGACGCGCCGUCGUAUUUUCAUAGCGACGGCCUUUCGGCGUUUGGCAAAGCGGUCGUUCGGGAGCUGAAUCGGCUCGGUAUGCUCGUGGAUCUCUCUCACGUCUCUGUGAAGACGAUGAGGGACGCUCUCGCGGUGACGAAAGCGCCGGUCAUCUUCUCGCACAGCGCUGCGAAGGCGCUCUGUAAUUCCACGAGCAACGUUCCGGACGACGUACUGCGAAAUUUGUCUCUCAACGGAGGUCUGGUUAUGAUCAGUUUCGACAGCGCGCAUCUGAGCUGCAGCGAUAAGGCCUCCAUGUACGACAUCAUAGCUCAUAUCAAUCACAUCAGACGAACAGCUGGCGUAAAUCAUGUGGGUCUCGGCGCGGGCUACGAUGGAAUACUGAGACCACCGACGGAAUUGCCGGACGUUUCUGGCUACCCUUUGUUGCUGGCCGAGCUGACUCGGGAUCGCAGAUGGUCCGCGACUGACAUAAAGAAACUGGUGGGCGGGAAUUUGUUGCGCGUCCUCAAGGAGGUGGAAAAUCACGCGGCGACGCUCUCGAAUCAGUUCCCGGCGGAAGAGUGGAUCCCUCAGGAGCUCAUCGAGGACACUUUUUAUUGCAAAUAUCACGACGCGUAGAAACGCCUCUUGUUCCACUCGUUUCUUGUUCAUCGAUUAAGAUCUCAUUCAAUUUUUCGGUAACAAUAAGACAACGCACAUUUCGAAACUCGAAACAUCAUUACCUGUAUCGUCUCUUUGUACUUGAGUAGCCCGAGCUGUUUUACAUUUUUAAUAAAGUAGAUAGA